CUCCCUCGGCCCCGCCUUCCCCUUUUCCCGUCCCAGGACGCGUUGCGCGGCUGGGGCCGGAAGUCGGCGGGUUCUCCGGUGUGUGUCUGAGUCUGUCUGUCUCGAAGCCGCGCGCGGCCCGGGGCAAGCGGGAUUCCCAGAUUCCCAUCUGAGGCGUCACCACUGUCACUACCAUCACCCACGGAGCCACUACUAGAGGGGAGUAGACCCGGCCCUUCGCCGGGCAGAGAAGAUGUUGCCCCUGUCCAUCAAGGACGAUGAAUACAAACCACCUAAGUUCAAUCUGUUCGGCAAGAUCUCAGGCUGGUUUAGGUCUAUCCUGUCGGACAAGACGUCUCGGAACCUGUUUUUCUUCCUGUGCCUGAACCUCUCUUUCGCUUUUGUUGAACUACUGUACGGCAUCUGGAGCAACUGCUUAGGUUUGAUUUCCGACUCUUUUCACAUGUUUUUCGAUAGCACUGCCAUUUUGGCUGGAUUGGCAGCGUCCGUUAUUUCAAAAUGGAGAGAUAAUGAUGCUUUCUCUUAUGGGUAUGUUAGAGCGGAAGUUCUGGCUGGUUUUGUCAAUGGCCUGUUUUUGAUCUUCACUGCUUUUUUUAUUUUCUCAGAAGGAGUUGAGAGAGCAUUAGCCCCUCCAGAUGUACACCAUGAGAGACUGCUUCUUGUUUCAAUUCUUGGGUUUUUGGUAAACCUAGUAGGAAUAUUUGUUUUCAAGCAUGGAGGUCAUGGACAUUCUCAUGGCUCUGGCCAUGGACACAGUCAUUCCCUCUUUAACGGUGCUCUGGAUCAGGCACAUGGCCAUGGAGAUCAUUGCCAUAGUCAUGAAUUGAAACAUGGUGCUGCACAUAGCCAUGAUCACGCUCAUGGACAUGGACACUUUCAUUCUCAUGAUGGCCCCUCCUUAAAAGAAACAACAGGACCCAGUAGACAGAUUUUACAAGGUGUAUUUUUACACAUUCUAGCAGAUACACUUGGGAGUAUCGGUGUAAUUGUCUCUGCCAUCAUGAUGCAGAAUUUUGGUCUAAUGAUAGCAGAUCCUAUUUGUUCAAUCCUGAUAGCCAUGCUCAUAGUUUUAAGUGUUAUUCCUCUUUUAAGAGAGUCUGUUGGAAUAUUAAUGCAGCGAACUCCUCCCCUUUUGGAAAAUACUCUCCCUCAGUGCUAUCAGAGGGUGCAGCAGUUGCAAGGAGUUUACAGUUUACAAGAACAGCAUUUCUGGACCUUAUGUUCUGAUGUUUAUGUUGGGACCUUGAAAUUAGUAGUAGCACCUGAUGCUGAUGCCAGGUGGAUUUUAAGCCAAACACAUAAUAUUUUUACUCAGGCCGGAGUGAGACAGCUUUAUGUACAGAUUGACUUUGCGGCCAUGUAAAUGAAUGAAAAGAAAUUAUGCUUUUUGGGGGACCUAAUUUUUUCUGGUACUGUAAAAUCCUAAUCAUGGUACCUAGCUUUUUAAAAAGAGAAAUCAUCACUACAACUUCCCAGCACCAAGUAGACCAGGCAGAGUCAGCCGAUUGUGCUCUGCCAGGAGUUUACAACUAAGGGAUCAGAAUUAAGAGGAUCUCUCCUGGACUUUUGGUCUUCUGUGCUUCUUCCCUCCAAACCAUUUUGAUUUCUGAGGUUUCUAGUUUUGUUCCAGGGUAUUGUUUUCUGUUUGUUUCCUUUUUUUUUUUCAUUUCAAAUGCCCUCACUCCCACCCCUCAUCCUAGCCAGUAAGAAAUUCAGACAGUGGGCCUCUAAUCAUCUGGAAUGUCUUCACUGAAGCUGCUGGAAACCACUGCUUUCAUUCCCAGAAAACCAGUGUUAUUUAAAAAAAAAAAAAAGAAAAAGAAAAAUGGAAAUCUGCUUUAUAUGUAAUGUCACAAUUGUUGACGUUCUUCAAUAUAACCAUGUUUGUAAAAUUGUUUGUACCUUGCAAACUUAUGAACCAAACCAUAUUGGGUUUUCAAAGUGCCUUUGUAUCAGAAAAUGUAUUUGCCAGCAUAGAAAUGUACCAUCAAAGGUCAUGUAUAUGUUUUUUUUUAAUGGGUAUUCUGUAUUCUGUACAAAAUAAGACGCUUGUUAGUAAUGUAUACAGAUGUCUUUUUGUGUACUUGCAGCAUAGGUUUAGAUAUAUAAAAAUCUGCCUUUUAUUGCUUUAUCCCAUCAAAAAAUAAAAGGUGUUAUUUUGCUUUUUAAAUCAAAUUCAGUUAUUACAUUAAAUUAUUUUGUGUACUGUGUUUUCAAAACUUUGCAAAUGCUUCUGUUAUACAGACGGGUGUUUUAACUUACUUAAAACAUCUGCUAAAUUCUAAAUUUCUAUAAAAGCUACUGUGUCUGUGAUAAACUUUCGUAUAUCUUUCCUUACUGUUUUUAUAGAUUCUAUUAAUGAAAGGAAAAGGCAUGUAGAGUGAAGGCAGAAAUGGUUGUGACAAUGUUAUUUUGCUUUUUCAUUCUUCAAAUGCCAAGUCAUACGUUUUCCUGUGCAAGUGUUACACAAAUACAGUUGCUUUCAGGAAUCCUAAAGCAGCAUUUUAUUGACUUUGAAGUAUUGAAGGUACUGAGUAAAUGUGGUAACAUAGAACUCUUCCUAACACAGGUAUCUUGGAAGUUAAUAAAUAAGUUGAUUUCUAGGCUCUUGUGUAUUUGAAAAAUAAAAUUGCAAUUUGAGAUAAGUGCUUGAAUGUUCUACUUAAAUAUUCUCUGUGUUUUAUGAAGAAAUUGUUCUGAAUAGACAUUUUCCCAUUGUACUUCAUUUUAUCACAAUGUAUAUUCCCUUUUAACUGAAAGGGAAAAAUUUAAAUUGCUGGGGGGAAAACCCUGCAGGAUGGAAAUGAAUGUUUAGAAUGUAGAUCAGUAAUAAGCACUUUUUCACUGAUGUGGCAGAAAUCACUGUUGAUUUUGUCUAAGUUUCAAGGUAUCUGUUUCCCUAUUUCUGACCUACAAUUUAUGAAAUAUACUGUGUUAGGAAAACUAUAGACUGCUUUCUUCAUGCUUUUCUAAACCGCUGCAGAUUGCCAUGAACUGUUGAUAGUCCCCUUUUUGCAGAUUAAGUAGUAUUUUCAAAACAUUUUUACUUACUGCCAGGCAGUUUAAAGCUAAGAAUUCCUGCAAUAGAAUGCAUUUAACUGAAACAAUUGUUAAGAUGUUUCAGGACGGAAAUAUAAAAGGAAAUGUCCUGAUAAUGGUACUGCUUUUUCAUUAUAAGUAGUCACUUAUAAUGACUACCUUGUAGUAGUAGUUUGCAUCCACUACCAAGCCUGAUAGAAGCCUGCGAUAUUCUAUAGGUUUUGGCAUAUUGUGUAAAAUGACAGAUCUAGAGGAAGGCGGGGAUUUUAGAUGUGUGCCUUUAAAAACUAAUUAUGUGAAAUUGUACUGAUAUUUCACAUACAGAGAUAAUUUUUGCACUGGCCUGUAAAAUUUACAGUGCACAUUGAAGAUCCAAUUCUGCCUUUCACUGAGGCCUCCAUUCCAAGUGAAGUUUCUUGUCAAAAUAUGCAUCACUUUAUUUAACUACGCUCUCAAUACACAAGUGCAUGAGUAUGGUUUUUUCCUUUGGUAAGGAAUAGAGUAUAUAUAUAGGACAUUUGACUGAGAUGAAACUCUUAGUUUUGCACCUGUUACAAGAGAUCUCCAUUUCAUAUCAUUUAGCAGGUUGGCCUUAACAUUUAUACUUUAAUGAAAUGUUCUUAAACCUGUGUGUGCAGCAGGACAAAAAGGAAUUUUUUUCUCCCUUUUAGGAAAUACUUUGUCUUCUCAAUGUUCUUGGCACAGAUGUAUUGCUAAAGUAGAUAAUUUCACUGAGAAAUACUCCUUGAUUAUUAUUAUAAAUUUAGAAUGUCCCUAUUGUUGGCCUAAUUCUUGGGGAAAAAAAUCUGAGUAUAACUUUGCUGAUAUUUUAAAAACCAAAUAUUCUCUGGAGAAAAAAUUUGUAUUGCUCAGGGAAUGUUUACCUUGCCAAGUAAACUUCCCCAAAGAGAAAUAUACCUAUACUAGUUUUGUGUUUUUAAAUCUAGAUUAUAUUGAUCGAGAUGAAGGGCUUAACCUAUGUAUGGCUCCCUUAUUUUGCUUACUCCUUGUGCACUUUGUGAAGGACAGUAUCUAGUUUAUCUGUAGCUCAGUGUACCUCACACAUCCCCACAGCAUCUUCUGCAGAGGCAUAAGGAAGUGGUAACAGAUGUUACUGGCAUUUCCCACGUACCUGGAAUGCUCCAGCGUUCUUCAAAGCCUACUGGUAAACAAUAACCAAAAUACUGUGAGUUUUGUGCACCUUUGUAAAGCAGCCAAAUCGUUGACUCCAGAUGCAGAUGAUCAGAGUUCUGUAAUGUUUUUACCUACCAUGGUAUAAUCAGUUUUACAGAAUUAUUAAUAUGGUAGCAUCCUCUUAUAUAAUGCUGGGAUUUAAGAACAAAAAUAAUUCAUUGCUUAGCAUAGAAUUUUAUAUCCAAGGAGACUGUCCUUAGAAGCAGUCUCUCAUUCUACCUCUCACUUUACAGAUGAGAAAAUUGAAGCCCAGAAAUGCCGUCAUUUAUUCAAGGUCACAGAGAUAAUUAGUGGCAAAGCCAAGACCAGAAUCCAGGUUUUCUGACUUACUGUGCUUUGUCUCCAGUGUAAUUCUGUAAAUGUUCUGAAUGCUUCUGAAGAAGCAUUUUUAAAUAAAGGACGUCUGACCUCCAUUUUUGGUACAUUAAGGCACGUGAUAAAUGGAGUUUUUUUAUUGUCUUAUUUUUCUUAGCUAAUUAUGAGAUUUAGAAUAUUAUUUCCAUAGUAUUCUUUAUGAAAGAUAUGAUUAAUUUUUUUAACUCUUUUUUACUCUUCUGGAACCACUUUCUGAUUUUUUUAAAAAAAAAUAGUGACAGGUGUGCAUUGGAUACUUUUAACUUGUGAGUAAAUUUUUCUGUUAAUUGCCCAAGACUAAAUCCAAUUUAAGGAUUGUUUAGUUUCUUUAUUUUGUUUAAAUUCUGUGAAUUGGUGCUUUUUAGAAACCAGGCUAAUUCAUAGGUCAUAUCAUUUCAUCCUUGUUCAAUCACCAGAGAGCUCUUGAAUUCUUAACGUUAUUCUCAGAGCCACACAAAAUUGGGCAUUAAAUGUUGUAUAGAACAAAACAAAAUUUUUAAUAGGGUAAAAUUUUGAAGUCUUAUCAGAAUCCCAGAUGUUAAACUGCUACUUUCAACUCUUCAUUAAAAGCAUUACCUUGAGAAAGUUAAAAAAAAAAAAGUUAAACUUUUUUUCUUUCUGUCACUAUCUUCGAAACAAAUUAUUUUCCACUUCACCAGAACUUUGACAGAAAAGGAAAUUAUCUUAUUCUUUAAAGAACAUUCAAUAAAAGUUUUACUCAUAGAGGAUUCUUUCAAGACACAAUCCCCAAAAGCCUUAGUGAUCUAGACCUCUAUCAUAGAAUCAAGACAAUGAAAAAUUAUGUAUCAAAAAAAGUAUUUGCAGAGUAUAGUUCUAUUUAAAGGUCAAAUCGAUGUUUUUGAUGAGUGUGUCUUUGGUUUAUGUUUAACCAUUUCCUAACUACAAAUUAUACAGGAAGGGUGGGGUUACUUUUAUUAAGUGUUUAUAUAUCAGGCUCUUUGUAUGGCCUUUUUCAUGUUAUCACAUUUAAAAUCCUCAUAUUUUUAUAAAGAAAGAUUUUUCCAUGAUUUUGAUCCAUAGAUCUUUUUCAGAUAUAUUUUAUCUUCUGAUUCUCCUAACAUUCUUGUGAGGAAGGAAUUAAUUCAUAACUCCAUUUUACAGAUGACGAAGCUGUUUCGAGAGAUUGUAAAUGACCUAACUGGGGGAUAGCCAGUGGUAGAGCACUGACUCUAGAUCCAGUACUUCUUGGUGACAACUACUCUUUUUUGUAUGUCAUUCUACAAUGAUUUAAAGGUCCAAGAAGUUGUAGCAGAUCUAAACACACUCUCCUAUAAAAUCAUGAACCAUCACCAUGAAAAAAUUGAUAUAGGGGAAUAGUUGUUAUAUAUACAUUGGUUAGACUCAUUCCUUCUUUGGAUGCUCUCUUAUGCUUAUUACCUUUGCCAUUUAACUUAAACUGUGCAGGCUAAAAAGAGCAAUCAGAGCUCUUUUAAGCACUUUUAAGAACUUUUUUUAAAAAAAGAAAGUAAAGUUUUUUUGACACAGAGUAAGCUGCUUAAAAGGGACUGAUUCAAUAGUGUCAGCACCAGUGUGUGACGAGAAACUGAACUCCUGGCCAAGACACAUUAACCUAGUUAGUAGGAAGUUGUCUUCCAAGAAGUACAAAUAAUUUUGCACUGCAUGAGAGGGAUACAUAGGAUUCGAUUUACAACAUUACAUUUUAUAGACACCUUUUCAAAAGGAAGAAACAUAUUUCACAAUUAGUAGUAAUCUAUGCUUAAACUUAAUAAUAUUUAACUUUGAACUCUUCCCAUGGCUUUGAAAAUUUAAUAUUUGUAAUUUUGAUCCUGAUGGAAAGCCUGUAAAAAAGAAUGUCUUUGUCUCAUACAUCCUAUUGUCACCACACUUAGCAUGAAUUUACACUUAACGCACUUAGUAAAUGUUUGGAUAACCAGUGAGUAAAUAUUGUAGACAGCAGUGGAUACACAAGUAAGGACUGGGGACAGGUAAACCAGUAAUUUACUGUUUAUUACAGAAGACAUCUCAGCUUUUCUUUGGCAUUUUUGCACAAAUAAGUGAGUUUAUAUUCACUUUGGCCAUUUUUUUUUUCAAGUAGCCCUCUAAGCUAGCUGCUCCUUCAUUUUAAUACAGGAACAGUGGAAAUAUCGAGAUGUUUUCCAUUUUGCAUGCUGUUGGACAGGAAUUUCGUAGAACUGGGACUGUGGAACCUGGGUCACUUGAAUUUUUAUAUUUUGUAUAGCCAAAUGAGAAACCACACUCUUCUUUGUUUUUAUAGAAAGUUGCCAUAUUCCUAUUACUUUAAGGACCUGUGUAUAACAUUCUAUUUCAUUUAUCCCAGAUGUAUUUUCAUCUAAAACUCUUUCAAAGGUAUAUCUUGAAGGUACUUCUAUAAAAACAACACUACAUGUAUUCAUUAAGUGAUUUAAACAUUCCUAAGAUAGUUUUUAUCUUCUCUGUCUUUUCCCCUCUAAAUACUAAAUUUCAGUAGAGCUUCUCUUUACUUAUUUUCCAUCUCUUUUCAUUGCUUCUGCCAAUGUAAAACUUCCCUUUUUCACUAGUGGAAAAAAAAAAGCUUUAUUUUGAAUUUUAGUAUUUGAGUUUUAUGUAUCAUAUAUCAUGCAUCGAUUAGGCUCAAUGAAGAUUCUGUUCUGAACUAGACAUAUCCUGUCAAGAGCUUGCCAAGUAAUCAUCUCAUUGCUUCCUCUAAUAGCAAAUUCAGUGAUAUUUCUGCCCAAGUGAUAUUUUGCCCCAACAUUUGUGACUUUGAUCAAUACACAGAAUGGGUCUUUUAUAUCAGAAAUACUGUGAAUGAAAAAUUGCCAAAUCCUAUUCUAAACACCCCUACAACUCUUUACCUCCCUGUCUUUAAUGGUUUCUAAACAUAUGGCCAAGUUUGAAUUUGGGUUUGAUUCCUAUGGUGAAGAGUAUGGCAUCAAAACAUUUCUAAAUAAACGUUCGAGUACAAGGCUAGGUUGGAAUGUCAAAGACUAUGUUGUAAUUUGGUUUGAAUAUGCUAAAGUGAGCAAUUAUGAUUUGCCUAAGAACAACACAACAAAUUCAUAAUGUAUAUUUUACUUUUUUCUACUUGAAGACAUUCAUGUAUAUAUUUUGUUUAACCUCAGAUGUAUUUAAAAAGAAUGAUAAACUAUUGUAUCAAAAUUCUUCCAAUAAAAUUUCUGUUUAAAAAUCUUUA